AACCUAUUUUAAUGAUAUUUUAAUACACUCUGGGUCUGGGUUGUAUCAUCAGUGGACUUGUGUCAACACAACCAGCCAGUGCUAAUCUUCACUGCAGGCUACAGUGUCUGAUAUAUCAACAGGCCCUGGAGACACAGCGCAGGGUAACCACGGGAGAGUGAUGGUGCUCCUGAGCCGUCCGAGGGUUUCUCAGCUGCCAUUCAAACACUCUCCACGGAGAGGAGGAGACGAGGAGGACGGCUCCGAUCAUCCAUCCAUUCAUCGGUGAAUCUCUCUCUCUCCUCUCCGCCUGGACCUCCCGCGUGUCCCUACCAGCCUUGCGCGGAGGCGCGAGACUACACAACACCACCACCACCACCAGCACCACCGCGCGCACCGACGGUUGGUCGGCCGUUGUUACAACGGUUUGCACGCGCAUAGAGAGAGAGAGAGAGAGGAGGAGAGAGGAGGAGAGAGGGGGAGCUGCUGCUGGGAGCGUGGAGAGAGAGAGAAAGGAGCCCGUCUGUCAGUGUUAUUCCCCGGCGUGGAUGUGGAGAGACAGACGGGGCGCAAGAAACUCUGAUUUCCUGCCGCUGACUGAACGUUUUACCGAGGGUCUCUCCCUGGUUCUGGUUCUCGUCUCUGGCCUGAGUGGACAGCCGUCUCCCCUCAGUUAAGAGCACCAUGACCCAGGAGGGGCAGGCUCUGCCCUCUCCCACCCCACCAGAGAACCCAGUGGAGCCCGAUACAGCUACCACCACCAACAACAACACCGAAACCCACAACCAGGCUGAUUGGGACAAGCUGGCGGCCGGGGCGAAGGAGGAGACAGAGGAGGGGAAACAACAAGAAGAGAUCAGAGAGAGAGAGGAGGAGGUGCACGGGGAAGGAGAGGGGAGGGAAGGAGUAAAGGAUGAGGAGAGGGUAGAUGGAGCCGGUGAUGAGGAUGAGCAGACAGACGGAGGGGCGGAGGGAGAGAGGGAAGGGACGAGGGGGGAAGGAUGUAUGAAUGUGGAGGUGAGCUCAACGGGGGAGGAGGCAACGUGUGAGGCGGCGGGGAUGAAGGAAGAAGAGGAGGGGAAGGAAAAUGAAGAGAUGCAACCAUCUACGGAGGAGGAGGCAACUCAACCUCAACAAGCCGGGCGACUGGCAAACGGCAUAGGCGGUAAUGAAGGCGAUGAAGCGGGUGAGGAGGACGAUGGAGGAGAUGAAGGGGGGACUCAUGCACACUUGGACACUUUCAGCUCUAACUUUGAGACUACUGUAGAACAGGCAGAUACAGAAGUGGAGGAAGAGGAGGAAGAGGUCCAGAAAGAGGGAGAAGGGACAGAAAACCAGGACAGUUUCAGCUCGGUGUUUGAGCAGAUUGUUGAGCAGGUUGAUGUUCAGGAGGAGGAAGAGGAGGAGGAGGAGGAGCAGGAGAAAGGUAGGGUGGACAACAAAGACGGCUUCAGCUCCACCUUUGAGCGCAUCGUAGAGUCUGCCCUGCUCAGGGGCGGGACCUGCUACAGCAGCCUGGACUCUCUGGACGUGCUGUCGCUCACAGAUGAGACGGACAGCUGCGUCAGCUUCGAGGCACCACUGACGCCGCUCAUCCAACAGAGGGCGCUGUUACAGGGUCCUGAACCCUUGGAGCUGGAGCUGGCAACUGUUCUGGAGCAGGAUGGGGCUGAGGCUGGACUAGAUGCCUCAGGUGGUGAUCUCACGGUUGGUGAGAGCACUGUCUGUGGAGCUGGAGCUAUGGCUGGAGUAGGAGGAAGCCCGCUGAGAACCACCAUACCAGGGAGCAGGUCAGAGUUUGUGCUGAGCCAGCCUGGGCGCUGGGCCAUCCCUAAUGGAUACCAUACAGAGUCCCAGGGAGCCACAGAAGGUUGUGGAGCCAUGAGCAACUCCGUCAGCGAUGCCAACCUCACAGACGUGCUGUCUGACUCAGACGAGUGUGAUUUGGGCAGUCUGGAGCGUUUGGAGCGCGGCAGCACCGACACUCUGGCCAAUGGCUGCCGAGCCGACUGUGAGGCCGCCAAGAGGCUGGCCAAGCGCCUCUAUCACCUCGAGGGUUUCAAACGCUGCGACGUGGCCAGACACCUGGGCAAGAAUAACGAGUUCAGCCAGCUGGUGGCAUCAGAGUACCUGAGUUUCUUUGAUUUCUCCGGCCUGACGCUGGAUCGAGCCCUGAGGAACUUCUUAAAGGCCUUUCCACUGAUGGGAGAGACCCAGGAGAGAGAGAGGGUCCUCGUGCAUUUCUCCAGACGCUUCUGCCACUGCAACCCGCAGACGCCCUCCUCUGAAGGUCAGAGUCGUGAGGGAGGUGAUGAUGAUGACAUUGAUGAUGGAGCCCACACGUUAACCUGCGCCCUCAUGCUGCUCAACACCGAUUUACACGGACAUAACAUUGGGAAGAAGAUGUCCUGCCAACAGUUUAUCAGUAAUCUAGAUGGUCUCAACAAUGGCAAAGACUUCCCUAAGGACUUACUAAAGGUCUUGUAUAACUCAAUCAAGAACGAGAAGCUCGAGUGGGCAGUUGAGGAGGAGGAGCUGAGGAAGAGUCUGUCGGAGCUGGUGGAGGAGCAGUGUGAGGGCGGGAGUAAGCGCGUUGCCAGGGUAACGGACGGCAGUAACCCUUUCAUCGCCAUCCCCAUCCUCUUAAACGCCGUCACCUACAAACACGGAGUGUUGACCCGCAAGAGCCACGCUGACAUGGACGGCAAGCGCACCCCGAGGGGUCGCCGUGGUUGGAAGAAGUUUUAUGCGGUUCUGAAGGGGAUGAUCUUGUAUCUCCAGAAGGAUGAGUACAAGCCCGAUGCCGACAUUUCAGAGGUGGACCUGAAGAACGCAGUGCGGAUCCACCACGCUUUAGCCACUCGUGCCACCGACUACAGCAAGAGAGCCAACGUCCUGAAGCUCAAAACCUCCGACUGGAGAGUCUUCCUGCUGCAGGCCCCUAGCGAGGAGGAGAUGAUGUCUUGGAUCUUCCGGAUAAAUCUGGUGGCAGCGCUGUUCUCCGCUCCGGCCUUCCCUGCUGCCAUCGGCUCCAUGAAGAAAUUCUGUCGUCCCAUCCUGCCGUCCUCGUCCACCAGACUCAACCAGGGGGAGCAGCUGCUGAGUCAUGAGAGCAAGCUGAAGCAGAUGAGCCAGGAGCUGGAGGAGCACCGGAAAAACUCGCCCUCGGCCGACCCCAAGAGCCGCGAGUGGGAGGAGUUCCGGCUCAAGGAGCACUACCUCACGUACGAGAAGACUCGGUAUGAGACGUACAUCAGCCUCCUGCAGGCCAAGAUCCGCGCAGAGACGGACGACCUCGAGAAGAUCGAGGCCAGCGUGAUGGGUGGCCUGAUCAUGGAGGGCGGCCUGGCCGGCCGCGAGUGCCACCUCCGCAAGACGCAGUCCUCCCCGUCCAUCAGUCAGGCUCACGGCGGCGGGCUGAACGGGAGGGCCGCUGGGUGCACUGCCUCUGGACAGAGGAGCUGAGGGGGACGAAGGAGGACCAGAGACUACAGCCCACAAAACCACAUCCCUCCAAGCCAAAAUAGUUUAAUCCACCGACAGUGUUUUUUUUGUUCAUAUUUGGUGUUUUGGGCUCCUCCAUUCCUCCUGACCGUCACUAUCCUUCCCAGAAUUUAUCAACCCUGGUGAUAAGUUUCUGUCCUUGAGCAAUAGAUGAAGAAGAUGAAGAGCCCACGCUUGAUACCCCACAAGUGACCCUGCCAAACCUCAGUUCUCUGAACUUUAAUUAUUGCACAUUAAAACGAUCAUGACUGUGAUCAGUAUUUAUAACAACAUCUUCAGUGUUAUGUUGAAAGGAAACUCAGAGCAAUGUAGUUGUUUAGUUGAAAUGUGUUUUUUUUUUAGUUACGAGCAGAACAUUGAGUAAUUUAUCUUGUAUUAUUUGAAGGCCUGAUAGAGAACAAAGGGAGACAGACUGCUUUGUCUUUGUCCUCUCUGUCCUGUCCUGCUCCUGCAGCGAUCCACAUGGAGAUGGUACUACUGUAGCAUUCUGGCCUUUUUUUCGUUUACACACCCAGACACUUGUUUUAUGGACCUACGGGACAGUAUUGGGUGGAGUGUGGUGUGUGAUGAAGAUACAACAUAUCCAUCCCAGAGUUCCAAAAACUCUUCUCAGAACUUCUCAGAAGGAUCGAGUCCCUGCCAUGUAUAGCAUAUUUAUUUAUUUAUUUAAUUCUACAAACCUUUAUCGGCCCCAGGAAGGGUUUUCACCGAGGGUGCUCGCUCUCUUUCAGCAAUUUCCUUCUUGACAUUCACACAGUUAUAUUCAAUUGUAAGCGUAAAAAGGAGCUGCCAAGUAGAACAGCCAUGGUUUUAAACUGUUCGCUAAGCUGUUCCACCAGAGGAACCGGAGGUGGAGUGCCUUACUCAAGGGCACCUUGACACAAGUUGUUGAGGGAUUUGGAAAGUGGCUUGUCAGAGAGAUCACAAGUCUGUUUAUGUGAUUUUUUUAAAGCUGCCGCCACCCCAAAAUACUGAUAUGUAUUCAAUUAAUUUGCUUUUCUUAUGGAUAACGGUAUGUGACUGAAUGAAAGUGUUCUGUUUUAUCCCACAAACUGCUCCUCUCCUAUCACGAAAGAGCGCACUGAGCCGAUACGUAACAAUAUAUGGUCGGGUGUGAGGUUUUUCCGAAGAUCGAAAUGAAGGGCAGAGCAGCAAAGUGUGGGUGGGAGGCGUACCGAAUGACUGUUUGUGUGUGUGUGUGUGUGUGUGUGCAUGCUGUUUUUAAACUGGUUCCAGUUGAGAUGUUGGAAGCUGUAGGCAACAGGAAGAAGUAAAUAUAGCAGGGUCAUGUUUUUGUAUGAAGAAUUUAUCGCGCAUGUUUGGUGAGAAACAAUCCAACGGCCUUCUGCUGAACAUCACAAAUCAGGCCCGGAUCUCUCAAAAGCAUCUUCAGCACAAAGGCGACCGUCAUCCCGACGAGCAUAAAAACUGAACAUUUACCUCUCCAGACAGAAGAUCUACAUGUCACAUGGACCUAUCAUAGCUUGUCUGGCCUUGUCCUGGUGUGUUCUUCCACUGCCAUCUUUUCACAUCAACAGACGGAAGAUGUUUUUGGGAAAUCAGGCCUCGGCGUAGCUUAAGAACCGGCGGCAGCAGGACUGCUUAACGUGCUAAAGUCAAAAGACCUGCAGCAAAAACAAACUCCACCAGCAGAGUAGCCAUCAAAACAUCCUCCAAGUGAGUGAGGAGGAGGAGGAGAAAAGACUGGUUUUCUAAGAGAAAGGUUUGGUUUUCUAAGUAAGACUGCCAGCCAAGAACAUGCAAAACAGUCGUCCAGCACACAUUUUUCCGAACACAGGAACCCAACGUAUUAACGUCUGUUUCUCGUUGAAGGAGGAUGUGAGGAGGUGGGCAUGUGGUGAGAGGUGAGGCUGUUUGUGAGCACCUUAAUUAAUUCCCAACCAACCAACCACACGCACACACACACACAAACACACACCUUUCCUGUUUCUACGUAAUUUGCUUAUGACACAACUGUAGAUCAGUGAGCUUUAGUGCCCCCUCUCCCUCCCUCCCUCACUCAGCCUUGAUGUGGCACAGAAGCAUGUUGACAUAACCAGAGCUGUGGAUAUCGACCGUAUGAACAAUCAUAUCUUUGGCUCCGGACACGCGACGCUUCUGCUGCUCCAUAUAUCAUAUUAAUAGUGACUGACGUGGGGUCUGAGAUCCUUUUUUUUUGGGGACUUGGCUGGACACCUGGAAUCACAGCUGGAAUCCUGGAACUGGAUCCUUGUACAGACCAAAAUGCUGAAGCGAAGCUGAGUUUUCAGAGAGGAAGUACCAUUUUAUAAAAGCUGUAUUGUUAGGAUAAAUAACUGCUUUCUUACAGGGAGACGUCCCCUUAUAGUCACUUUGGCUGUUGUGCUAACCAUUGUUUCCCGAUGUUCUAGGGUAGGCCUGUGCUGUAAUAUAGGAUUGUGACGAAAAAAAAUAUUUGUUUGAUUGUUUUAUUUAAAAAAAAAUGACAACUUCGGCACUUUGAUGUCAGCAUUGGAUCUGUCUUUUUGUUUGUAUAUCGGAACUGUUUUUUGACAGGAUGCUCAUACUAUGUAAAGGACAUAUUUACUGAAUAUUUAGUCUGUGCUUCAUAAAGUAAGCUUUUAUACA